AUGAAUUCCACAAAAGAUAUACUCCCAAUUCACAGUGAUAACAAAUCCCAAAUCCCGUCUUCGCACCUCAAGCACCUUUUCCUAGACGUAUUAUUCAACCCCAAGUACACCAUAGGUGCAGAUCAAUUCUUGAAGAGUUCGAAUAAUUCAGUGUAUCUUUCAGCUUCCAUUACAGAUAGCUCCACCAUCACAUUGCACUACGAAGACUACGAGGGCCAUCACGCAGUCUUUAGUGAGGAAGGUAUAAAAACGCUUAGGUGUUUGGCAGCAACGUUGAGCUCCAGAAAUGAAUUGGCUGAUUGUGUUCAGAUGUAUACCGAGCAUCGAAAGGAUGUAGUCAACCUGGUAUAUGUGAGGCUUCGUGAGAAAUUGAAGGUAGAGACCGUCUGUGUUUUUAUGUGCACGGAUGAGUUGAGUGAGAAAACCCAACGGUGGAUACAAGUAGCCAAGAUUUGCGUAGGCACCAUUUUUGGAAUAGAGAAGUGUUUCUAUGAGCAAAUUUUUGGAGAUCUGGGAUCAUUCGAGGAUUCUGCUGCUAACGGUUUUGUGUACAUAAUAGAAGGGACUGCUGCUGAGUUGCUUGAGUUUCCAGACUCUCUAUUAGCCAGGGGCCGAUUGCCCCAGAGACCAGACAUUUUGUUGCCCUUAUAUCAUGAACUAACCAAUCUAAUUCCACAUCUGAUGGCAUAUUUGGACCAAGAUGUAUGCCUAGCGAAAACCAUCUGCAAUUUUGCCACUAACAUUAUGCUCCGACUGAAACAGCAAAUGGCAAACCUCCUUUCUGUUACAGAGAAACACGUUCUUCGUGAGCUUUCGACAAGGCCAUUACCUGGAGGAGGAAUUCACCCCUUAACUAAGUACAUAAUUCAUCACAUUGACCUGAUUUAUGUUCACAGGGAAUCCUUAACUGAGUUGGUGGCUAGACCCCAAGGUUCCAAUGACGACCAAGAUCCUCCAGAAAUACCGGGUUCACGUGAAAUGGAUGAAGGGCUAAUUUUCCUAAAGAG